UUUUCGUACGUCACAUAGCCAGCUGUCAUGUCAUUUUUAUCCGCUCCGUGAUUUCUCGCGAAUGUAGGCGGAGUUCGCAUUAAUUUUUAGUUUUUAUUGUUAAUUAUGCUCUCGUUCCACUUUUCGAAAGUAUUCUUUAUAAUUUAAUUUUCGCAAUUCGUGCAGUGUCGUGCGUAAUCCGAUAAAUAGUGUGGUGAAACAAAGGUGUAGUGGAUAUGAUGUCAUAUUUAUGAUUUGCUAUCCUUGAAAACAUGAGUGUUAGUGUUGAGGAGUCGAGUCCUCUCUCCGAGGGGCAGAGCACGACGCAGGACCAGACUAUAUCGAAGUCCUCUUCAGAGAGCGUGAGCUUGAAUAAGAAUGGGGACGAAGCUGGCGAGUCCAAUCAGAAAGGGGAAAAAUCUGGACCGAGCACUCCGAAGUGCCACCCGAUGGCUUUCACGAUCGACUUCGGAGAUACCAAGCAGGUAGACAAUCGGAGGCUCGAAGAGCUGGCGAAGAAAUCUCAGGCGAGACACCAGAGAGUGCAGUCGAUGUCUGCCAGCCUGACGCGGCCCAGUCCAGCUCCCCUGAAGCCUCCCAUGAGCGCAAAACUCCCACGAAAGGCCCAAGGUUACAACUCCGAAGGGUACUUCUCCUCUGAUCAGGAGGACAGUGGUCUCUCUGGCUCUGUCAAACUAAGAAGCAGUCCCCUAGCCCAAAGUGUUACCAGUCCAAUCUCAACCAGACAUAUCAAAUCGCCUGACGCUCUCCAGCCGAAACGUACGUCCAAAAGUCCUAUAGUCGAUAGCAUUAUGUCUCGAAGUGACAAUUUCUCAAACCGUCAAGGUUUAAAUUUACCUUUAAAAAACAGUGCAAACAGUUCCUAUGUAAUGAGAGACGUCCAUAGAACUCCGAGUUACGGUAGCCUAGCAUACCAGCCACGACCAAUGGAGCAUAUAAUUGAUCAGAGUCCUGAAGGUGUCAUGCUUACAGAUAUUUCUAGUCCGGAAUUAGACAUAUUGACCCCUGAUAAUGGGCUGUCGACCCCAGAACACUCAAAAAGCCCAUUCAGGAAAGGGAGAGCCUCUUCGGAAACCCCUGAUUUAUUAUUCCAAAAAUGUCCACCAAAAGUUGAACCAUUGUAUGUGGAUGAUGAUGUUGACAGACAAUCAAACAACUCGUCCACAGGAACAUAUACAAUUGAGGGGGACAACUAUACAGAGGAACAAAAAGCAAGAAUGAGCAUAGACAGGACGUUUGGGACUGAUUUACUUGAUGGUGCUAUACAGGAGUCUUUGAAAAAGCAUGCGGGUAGUAACGAAAGGGACCCAGAACUGAUUUUUGAUUAUCCAAAUCGGGUCAUAACAAAAGAACCGCGAAGAGACCUCGGUUUAAGAAGUCCUAUAUCCACAAAUGCGCCAUUUGACAUCCCAACGAAGAUUUCGAAAGACAAAAAUGUUUUAGAAAUAUCCUGUUGCUAUGAAUCUCCUACCGAGCAUGACUUGGCUGCUCAAACAUCCAAACAGAUCAAAUCAACUCGUAGUUACUUAGAAAAGAUAAAGAAUAGAGUACGAACAAUUACUGAGAAAACCUUUGCCAAGUCUCCACCGAAACCGGACCUAGAUUUUGGCAACUUCACUUCGGUAACUACAUCUGGAGUCCUAAGCUCUAAAAAACCUUGUCUUAAAAUCGACGUACUUCCCCGUAGAAGAUGUAGUUUAACUAAAUCCGAAAUAGACCAGACAGAUUACAUUCACAGACUGAGUAGAGAGUCAUCGGUUCCUGUAAACUUACCAAGUAAUGCCAUAAUGCCGUUUGAUGAUUCUAAGUUCGAGAGUACAGCUUUGAAAAAUGCUCAGAAAGCGCUGAGGGACGAUAGUGGGGUCUCUUCAGAUAUUACACCAGAGCAAGUGGUUGGUAAACUUUCAUAUCUGAGUUUGAAUCGGUGCAAAGGUGAUAAGACCUGGAUUCAGGACUGGGCUGAGAGCGUAAAGAAGUACAACAAUAACGGUUUGUCAACGUCGGAUCUUAAUGCCACUUUUACUCUUGAAGACCGUCCACCUCUAAGUCCACGACAUACACCUGGAAAACCCCGCAGUCCUCACGGAGGCACUCCGACCAAGAUACCAAGCCCAGUUGGUACACUGCUUAGCAGAAGAACGCCGGAUCUAAUCCCAACCCAAGACACGGAGUCUUACCUGCUCAAAACGCAGAACGCCAUCACGAACCUUCAAGCCAAACUGCAGUCGUCGCGCACCAGUAAUUUCACCACAAUCCCAUCACAACUCACUUCCAGUCUCAUCAGCGAGAAGACAGCGGCGUCGCGACUCCCCGUUUCACAGCUUAGCCGCUCUAACUCACUCAACUAUCGCCUUAGACGGAAAGACGCUAACGACAGCAGUCCCUUGCGAAGUCCAGGGCAUUACGUCAUCACAGGAUCCACAAAAGUCCCUGAAGGAACGAAGAUCCUCCUCAACUCUGCCUCAAGGUCUUUAGACACGGAAAGGCGGAGGGAUUCCCGAGACUCGAACAUGAAUAGUCCGUCUUCUGACAAAGGUUUGUUGAGCAACAGUUCUGAUGAUAAAACACUGUCGAACCGACCGCAGUAUGAUGUAAAUGCUAUACUGUCAUCCCAUAGGAAAACUCACGCGAGGCACAAGUCGUUUGAAGGCAGAAAUGCCAACGAUGUCUUUAAUUUUGAUUGUAGCAACGCAAAUGAGACUGUUUGUUUGAAAACCGUCUUGAAACACAACGCCUUAGAGUCGAAGUACCCGAGAAUUGAUCAAAUGCGUUGCCAGGAUACGAAGACUCACCAACGGGUGUUUAGUGAUGGGAACAAGAUGCUCAAACACACACCUCCUUUCGGGUGUUCCAUCAAGCGAUCUAGUUCAUUCAACACUGUUAAUAAAAACAACAACUAUUUGGAACCUACAAAACUCAUCUCUAGAAGGUCUAGCGGGCAUUCCGAGUAUAAGGAAUACUUAUCAGAUGAAUCCGAAACUGACUACGAUAAAGACCCAAGAUACAAAAGGCCUUUGCAUAGGGGAAGAAUCGAUUCUCCUGACCUAAAAUCGAUCGCGCCGGCAAAUUCUCCUAGAUGCCCAAAUACUCCUGAGUUGCAGAGGAAAUUCGGCCCUGGAUUGGUUAGGAAUUCCGUAAGGGUGACCAAUAAGGAACGAGCAGUUAAUACUAGAAUGUCUGAGCCACCAGUGGGAAGAGAUGAGAGGAAGCCAGUCAAUCAUCAGAGUAGGAAGAUCUCUGAGCCCACAAGACAAGCUGUGUUGAAUAGACUGACCAAGUCUAGGUCUUCGACGAGAGAACUGCAGCCCAAGAACCAGGAAAAAGGUCAAAAACGCCCCAGUCAGCACCGGUCAUCGUCAGCCCUAGCAUCCAAAGAGGCGGAGUACACCAACUGGAAGAAGCGAUCAUCCUACGACCCGAUGAAGGCAGCGCAGGAGGGAAAGAGACGCCAGAUGGCUAAGCGCCAGGAGUGUAACAAGGACGACCUUAGUUCUCCAAGCCACUCCUCGCCAGUGCAUCGCUCUCAAUCAUUCCACACGACGAACAUAGCGGAUUUGACCUUGGACUACUCCUCAGAGGAGACCGAGGAUGACCACACGUUGCCAAUAGACCCCAUGGUCACUUCCACGCACUCCGACAUUCUGGACUUGAGGCCUAAAGAGUAUGAGGCCUUACGACCGAAGGAGAAUUUGAGGCGACAGCCUUUGACCAAUGACGUGGUGCUGGCAAGAGAUUACGUCACGAAUUUCCAGGUGAACCAACCAGACAAACAGAAGAGACAGACGGACAAGCGGAAAACAUUCAUCAUAGACGAUACAACGCCGACCAAGGAGAACAUAGACUUCCUGACCAAGAGAGAGGAGACCAUAGACAAAAGGAAGACCUUUAUUCUAGAUAGCGACACCAAUUCUACCACCAACGGAAGCAGCCCUAGAAAUUCGUCGAUAUUUAGCCACGAGAAGACCUCAUUAACCACAGGCACGAGCGACACGGAGGGCGAGUCCGGGCCGGAGUCUGCGCCCGUCGUGCUGCGGCACCCAGCGGGUAAACGAGCCCCCAACAGCGCCAAGCAGAGGUACAGCGGAGACUACUCGAUGUCAUCAUCCACUACCUCUAUAAGUCAGAAGAAACCCAAAGAGAUCCAGCCACGGUACCUUGACAUAUCCAAGUAUAAGAACGAAGUGUCUCCGCGGGCGUUCCUCAGGAAAGAUCCGAGCAAGACUUAUAUAUCAGCGUUGGGUGACGCUAAGCCAAGCAGACCGAGUGCUCAGCGACUUGAAAUGGAACAAAAGAAGCAAGAGUUAGAGAAGUGGAAGCGACGGGCAUCGUACGACCCGCGCAAGGCGGCGGCGCUAGGCAAGACGGGGAAGCUGCCUGCCAAGACCGCCAGCAGUGUACUACGCUCGCAGUCGUUCCACGGGCCAAUGUUGGUGUCCACAACACUGCGGUACCAACCGCCGCCGCAACAAAUAGUCGAGAGCUGCGAUGCGUCAAGCGACAACGAUUUCUAAACGAACACGAUGGCUUAUGUGAUAUUGUGAAUGGGGCUUUUUAAAAUCGUUUAAAAAGUAAAUAAUGUGAAUAGGGUCUUCGCACGAGUUUCAGAACGCAAUGUAGAUUAAAAAAUGUGUUUAUGAGCUCGUGUGCUUGCGUCCUUCGUUUGAAUGGGGCCGCGUUCUGUUUUAGGUCACGAGGAUUUUUAACGUUUUUAACACGGUAUAGUUGAGGAAAUGGCGAGAAACUACUACUUUUCAUUGAAAUAUACAUAAAGUUAUUAAAUUAUUUACCAUUAAAUAUUGUUGUCCACGUUAUCAGUAUAAUUCACCCAUUUACAAAACUUAAAUUGGUUUAAUUUAUAAACGAUGAAUUUGUGGUAGUUUCUUUCCUUUAGAAAGUAAGGAUAAAGACGUAGAAGGUACGAAAUAGGUUAUCUCACGAAAGUCGCGAAUUAUUGUUAAUUGUUAUUUGGCUGUUUGAACAGAAUUGCUUGUUGAAAUAGUUAACGUCACAUUUGACAGUUAUUUUGGCGCCAAUCGGAAACAGAAUUUGUGGCCUGUGUUUUGUGCAAAUUUUUUUUACAAUGUUUAAUUUUAUAAUAAUUGUACACAAUUAUUACAAGUCAUUUUAUUUUAAUUAUUUUGACGAUUACUCUAGGGGUACGGAUUGGGUAGAUGCAAUUUUUAGUUGUUUAUUAUGUAAUGUGAUUUUUUUAAAUUAGUAUUUUGCGAUUUCGCACAAGUAAGAAUUUUUAUUAUGAUUACGAAAGAAGAUUUGUAUUAUUAAGUUUAUUGAGUACACCAUGAUGUUGAAAAUCGUAUUUUUUUUGUAUAUUACCAAUUCGCAUUGUGCGUAAAAUUAAGGGGAUAUCUUUAUAUUUACAUGUGAUUUAAAUAAAACGCCUAUUUGUAGAGAUUUGGCAUGAAAUUUAUCACUAAAAGUGUAUUCGUAAGUUUUUUGUAUUAUUUGUAACGUCCGUAGUAUAUUAUACUUAUUGAAUUUCGUGUUAUUAUUAUGAAUUUCUUUUGUAUUUUGUGUUUAAUUGACGGCUACUUAAAAAAAAUCAUAUUUAUCUUACGUUUUUCUUUAAAGUGUAGAGACGAUUUUAUAAAGCUAUUAGGUACAGCAAUACAGCUUUGGAAAAUUAUAAGUCUUUAAUAUGUAUAAAAAAUUAAAGAAAGAUUAAUUAAAACUACUUACUUGCUAUUUUCGCAAGUAGUUUCGAUCUCAAAAUUAUUUUAUCAGUGUCGUCAGUUUAACAUUAAAUAAAUUAAGCAAAUGCUCAUAUCAUUCAUACAUCGAUUUAUUUUUAGUUAAGUAUGUAAUGUUAUUCCUUAAUCCUAUUAUUCCAAGUACAUUUUUUUUACAUUUAUCGUGCAAUAACACCACAACCAUAUCGCACCGAUUCAAUCAUCAAAAAAUAACCAAACGCUUGCAAGAACAAAAUUUUUAGACAGUUAUUUCGAAAAAUGGUUGCUAUUUUUGUACGUUGCAAUAUUUUCCUGAUAGUUUAUGAAAUACUCAAUGUAUUAAGCUUGUAAAUGUUGAGAAUUCGAAUUUAUAAGAAGUUGUUGGUUGGCAUUUCUUUAAUAUUUUUUCCUUGCGGGAAAUAAAAAUGAAAUAAAAAAGAAUAGUAACUAUUUACAUCAACUUCAAAUUAAUAAUAAUAAAUAUUUACAGAUUUAUAUUUUGUGUCCUAAAAUGUUUAUUUUUAAUUUUAAAUCAAUAAAAUUUAUUUUACUCAUCAACCAAUCGAAAGAAUAUUAAAGAAACUCUCUGUUAAGUAUAUAGAAAUGAGAUUAUGAUUUGCCAGGCAUAUGCUUGCGUUUUUGAUACUUGUAGUUCCGCUAUUUAGCUCGACCAUAAUUUGUUUACAAAUGUUCAAAAUUUAGAAAGUUUAUUUAACAAUAAUAACUACUUUGUAUUCGCAAUUUAAAGUUAAGUACCCUAUAAUUUUUGCAUUCAAAUAUUUUGACUAUAAAAUUAAAUCAUUAAAAAAGUUACUAUGUUUGAAAUAUUAGAACGCCGAAAAUGUUCAUUGAGAUAGGUAGUGUCACUUUCAUAGGUCAAUCCUUCUCUCUCUAACUAACCAAAUUAGGAAGAGACAGGUAGGCAUGUGAGAGGGGGCAUUGCUUUCGACAUUUUUUGGUCUUUCAUCAUAAUUUCAAAUCAGGUUUCAGUAAAAUUAAAUAUAAAAAGUAGGAGUUUUAAUUUGUUAAAACCUUGCUUUAAAAUCUGUAUUUACAUAUGUCUGUAUUAACAUCUUAAAAAAAAUUGUUGAAAUAAAUUUUCUCAAUUUGAACAAUAUUUCAGUAGGACGCCUGGCUUAAGUAAGUUUCGGAAUAUUGUACAUUUUCGCGAACAUUUUGUCCUUAGGAUUUGUAAUUGAUGUCUAGCGUUUCAUAAAAACAUUAUUAUUUAAAAAAAAAUCUAAUAAAAAAGUAUAUAAAUA